UCUUGUUUUGUAUAUCAGUUUCUGUCUUUUUAUGUAUUUUUGGUUAAAAAUCAAGCGAACAAAGCGUUGAAUCCUUCUGGUACCCUGUACAAAACUUUAAAGCGCUAAAGCGAGUAAAUUCGACCGCGGGAUGGUGUUUUAGUGGUGAAAUGCCCGGCUGUUUGUAGAUAUAUAUUUAAAUAAUUGGUGACUGUGUGUGUAAGUGUAUGAAGAUCGGGGUUUGACUGCUGAAGGAGUGUGUACAAGGCUCCACCCCCCACUCUGCCAGUUGGAUGGUGUUCAAGACGGCAGACGUUGGGAAGGCAGCUGUGUUGGGUUUUGGGAAGAAGAGGUCGAUGAUGGAACUGCAAAAUUUACAGGAAGCACUCAAAGUGGAAAUCCAGAUCCAUCAGAAACUCGUGAGCCAAAUGAAGCAAGAUCCACAGAAUGCAGAUCUGAAGCUGCAGCUCCGUGACCUGCAGGCCAAGAUCACAGCGCUGAGUGAGCGGCAGAAAAAGGUGGUGGAGCAGUUAAGGAGAGAUCUACUGGUGAAACAGGAAGAUAUGAAGCUGCAGACGUUACAAGCCGAUGGGCAAACGUCUACUUUGCUCAUCACACAGACACAGACGCCUCUGCCUGCUGCUAGCCUCACCACUCCACAGAGCUCUGUGGCCCCUGUCAUUGCUUCAAAGACUCUACCUCUGGUGCUGAGAGCUGCCACGCCUGCCUCACCGAUCAUCAUGACACCAGCACCUACCAUCACAGUGGUCACAACCCUUGGCAACACGCUCCUGGCAAGCCCUUCGUGUGCAGAUCCUCAAAAGUCCCCAGUACACUUCCAACCGGUCAUCCAGUCGAGUAAUCAGGGAGCAGAGCCAGUGCGAGUCAUAUCCAAUAGCACAGUUGUUGUGCAAGCUGCCUCCCAACCUAUCAAAGUUCCUCAGUUUGUCCCACCAACCAGACAGACAACACGGCCAGCCGCUCUACCGCAGGUCAGGCCAAAGCCUCCAGUGUCUUUGACUCCAGUUGCUGGUCAGGUCUCUGUGCAGACCUUGCAGUCGCCAGUGUUAUUGAGCACUGCCCUCCCAUCCUCUGGUCACGUCCAGCAGAUGCGUAUCCUCAAUGGCCUGCCCAGUCCUAACAACACAAGCAUCCUGAUCUCCCCAUCUACACACAUCCAGGCCUCUGCGCAAACACACAUACAUCAGUUACCUCACAACAGCCCAAGCUCUGACAACACGAUACCUGCAGUGGAAUAUGGGACAGAGCCAAAGACUUCAUUGCUCAUCUCUCCAGACACGCCUACACACACUUCACCUCCACUGUCCUUAGAAACGCCAUCUUCACCCGCCUCCACCAACACACACACUCCUUCCUCCAAACACCAGGAAAGCCCUCUGAAAAUGGCCUUCAUGUUGUCUCUGGGACUGGUCACACGCGACUAUUUAGAAGAGAUUCAGAGCAGGCGUCAGGAGCGUAAGAGACGAACAACAGCAAAUCCAAUAUAUAGCGGAGCCAUGUUCGAACCAGAGAGGAAGAAGAGCUCUGUGUCGUAUCUGAGUUCCAUAAACCAGUCCAGCAGGAAGAGAGCCAAUGAGGACAGCCUGUCAGAGAUUCUCCAGAAGGAAGAUGCCAUUGAGUGGCCAGGAACUCUUGCUAUUGUUCAUUCCUACAUCUCCUAUAAAGCAGCUAAAGAGGGAGAAAAGGAUCGACUGAAGAGAUGGAGUGCAGAGCUGCGUCAGGAGAGAGAAACGCUAGAACAUAGAGUCGGACAGCUCAGCAACUCCAUAACGAAAUGUAUGGACAGCAAGAAUAACGUACUGGCCCAGCAGAGAGACAUGGAGGAUUCGCUCGACAAAAUAAGAGGCCUGGUGCAUCUGAUCAGAGGAAUCCAGCUGUCUCCUUUCAUCUUGGCUAAUGGAGAAAUGUCCCACAUUGGAGCUUCCGAAGCCAGCAGCUCCACUACAGACACAAACAACAACACAAAUACCGCAACAAGCUCCUCGGGGGCUACGGUGAUAGUCAGAACCCUCUCAAACACAAGCGAAACCUUAAACCAGACCGGCGUGAGUAAUAACACGGAAGCUACAAGCGCAAAGUGCGACGAAGGCAGCGAGGAGAUCACACAAAUCAACAGCAUGGCCAGAAUCAGGAGCGAACCCACAAAUACAAACGCAGCAGCCUUCAGCAAUAACAGCAGCAACCAGGCGGUUCUCAGUACCAACGGAACCGUAUCCGCAGGGGAGGAGAACACGAAAAAACACAAAAACAACAGUGACCUCAGCGUCAUCCCACAGGCCCUCCUCGGCCCCAUCGUACCCCUCACAGAAGUGACGGAGGGAGUGAAAUAGCAUCGAACGCAGUUGGAGCCUACAGCGUGCCAGUUAACAGUGUUGUUGUUUUGUGUCGUCGUUUCAUCUCUUGUAUCUAUGAGGGAAAGAAAAUCCAUAGUGCCAUUUACUACAUGCAGGAAGAAGGUUCCUAAAGUACCAGCAAUGUGUAUGCUAAAGUAUGCACACCGAGAAGAUUUCUACAAAGAAUAAUGAUAUAGAAAAGAGUAAUAAAAUUUAAAGAUAUCACACCAUUGUGUGCCUGAUACAGUUGCCAUAUAGCACCUCUGAGUGGGAAGGCUUCUGAAGGCUGGAUCGGGUGAAGGUCUCGUCCUGCUAGAUGAGUAGUGCAGCUUCCUAUCAGGUUCCUGUAGCUCCGAUCUAAGACAUACGAUACGACGCGUCUGUUUUUGUCUGUGAAAUGCAGCCCAGGUGCAGUCGUUUCGUCUAGUUUUCAGUUGUCGCGUCUCCAGAGGAACAUGGAGCGCAAAAACAGGUCUUUAUCACACACACACUGACAAGAAACACAGGUCUUCCAGGCGUUCUGCUGGAGGUUUAACUAGUAUCAUUUGCAUUUGUCUAUUUUGUGGUGUUUUUAAAGAAAAAAAUCGAACAUUUCUGUAAAUAUGUUUUGCUAUUUUUUACACAUGACCUUAUUUAUAAUUUCCUUCUUAUUGAAAAAAAAUCCGUAGUUCUGUUCUGCCAAAUAAUCGAUGCCACAGGGAACUGUUCUUUUACGUUACUCUGAACAUUAAAAUAGAUAUUUAAGAGUAGUAGAGUAGUAUUCGUAGUGUCGGUCCUGAAGUGUCUGUGAGGUAAAUUCUGACCAUGCCUUAUCUACUGAACAGAUGUGAUUUACUGAGAGCGCGGCUCUCUCUCAUCCGUCUCCAUUUCCACAUCGGUUUGAUUAUGUUUUUGUUUUUACCCAGACUGUAGCAGGGGUCUCAUGCCUUGUCCAAUGACUUGCGAGGAAUCAUGCAGUCAGAAAUAUCCCAUAAAACCGGUGUGCCAGUAACAUUAUGCUUAUGGGCCAAUUUAAGGGCUUCUGUUCUGCAUUGUUUUAACACACAUGGAGUCACUUUACUAGGCGAUAAUAACACUGUUCUGAAAAGCUGUCCAAAAGCACAACACAGCAUGCCUAGUGCAACUGCUCUACCAUUGUUUCUUAGAGGCUUUACUUCUUUUUUCGUUUCUCUAUCAUAUCAGAGCUCUUUCUCACCACUGUGUGUUUUACAGUGUGUGACUGCACAUGAACAAGCACAGACAAACACGCCAGACCACUUCUAACACCAGAGAUUCAGCCGCGGUAGCUUGAACACUGUAUCAUGUGCCAAGACGACACUUCGUUCAUAGUGUUUAAAUAAAAAUAAAAAAAGCACAAGAAAUAAUCCAGAAACACAGUGGUGUCAAACACACACGGAGUGAGUCGCUUUUGAUAAAAGACAGAAAUAUCUCCAGUGUUUGUAUCUUCGUUUCAGGUUCGUGAGUGUUUUCGAUGCUGAACAUGCAGCUCUAGCCUGCAGUAGCCUCUGUGUAUUGGUUGCCUUAAGUUCUAUAGACUAUGUUAGGCUGUUUCAUUGUAGUGUUAUGACUUGUCGGUGUCUUAGAGUGUGCUUUUUUUCUUCCCCCCCUUUUCAGAAACAGAACCUACUUUGUCAUCUGGUGUGGUUGUGUUAGUGAGGACAGUAUAGCGAAUCUGACCACUACACAUUAGGAAAGUGCUUUCUGAAGUGCUUGCGUCUUCUGUCAAAACACAAUAUGAGUUGCUGGUUUUUGUUCACCGUUCUAAAAACUUACUUUUGGUUAAAUGAUUCUAUCCCAGGAUGAUGACCUGGGUAUGUACCCCUCAAAUUUAAUUUAUUCCAUUUAGUAUUCACAUGUUUUGUCUGAUAAAAAAUUAUACUACAACAUAUUUUGUCACAAUUGUGAAAAUUCCAAAGUGACACAGGAAAGCUGCGUUCUGUUUGGUGGUUUAUUGGUAUGUCAGGUUUUCUUGUGCAUUGAAAAAAAAAGAAGAAAGAAAAGGGAAAAGAGCCCUUACAUAAAUGCUCAUCAGAUGUGACAUUUGCAAAUGUCAUCUCCCGUCUUUUAGGGCCAAGAAUCCUAAGGCCAGAUGUGGCUAGUAGGACUGACAGUGCUUCUGUGACAGAUGUUCUCUGAUGAGAUAGAUGAGAAUCUACUGUGUCUCCUCAUUCAUGUCCCCUACACGCGAGAUUUGGGUAUAGUGUCCUGAAGUGUGCGAAAUCUGAUUGUCAGAUGUUAAAGUGUUUACUGAGAGCUCAGGCUUUUGUUCACGUUUUCAACAUACGCAUAAUUAUGCUUAUGAAGAGUCACGUUCUUACACCUCAUGCUGUUACCUCAUUCAGGUUGAUGAAACCCUCAAAAAUAAAAUCAAGGAUGGAUUAUUGCAAGCUGAAUAUAUCAGCGCGUAAUCUAAUGUCCUUAACUAUAAAUUGAGAACACAUUUUACAUCAAUUUGUUGUAUUAAAAGUGUCUAGAUUCUUUCAUAGUUUUUAAAGGGAUGUGUAUUGCAGUUUUUGUUUCAUUUUACUUUUAUACAUUUUGUAUGUUUGGUUUUUUUAUUCUUAUAAUUAAUCUUGUGUGUUGCCUGAUGUCUGUUUACCUUUUCUCAUAGAAUUCAAAUCCAUGUGUAAGUUAUUUGAAUAUAUAACUUCAUGAAUUUUUUCUGUUGAGGACACUGGAUAUUACUGGAGCAUUUGAUCAAUUUGUAUUUAUUUAUUUUUACCAUUUUUGCUAAAUAAAAUUGUAAAUUAAA